AUGGCGUACUUCGAUGAACACCUGAUGUUGGCGCUGCAAGACAUCGCGGCGGCGGAGGCGAAGCGGGCGAAGAAGAGUCAGUUCGCGACGAAUUACGGCAGGUUGGAGAGCGUGAUAGAGGAGGCGGUGCCGUCUGCGUGUCGAAUCGGAUCGAUCGCGACGAAUCGGACGCUGCGGACGACGUGUGAGCGGAUGAUUGAACGGAGCGAGGAUGCGGUGGUGGCUCUGUAUUUCAAGGCGGGCGACCGCAUGCGAAGAGGCGAGGGCGAGGAACCGAUGGGGGAGGCGCUGUGCGGAAGCGAAGGAGCGAUGAUGGCGGGAGCGUGCGAUGAACAGGUGGCUAAGUGGAGCGUCGCCGAGUUAGAGGUUCUGGAGAUGGAGUCGAUGAAGGUGUCUAAGAUGGAUUUCGACAUGCGAGAGCAACCGCCCGGUUUGCCAAAGACGUACAAGAGCGAAGCCGAGGAGAAGCCGCCAAAGAAGGGUCGCGUGGCUAAAAUCGUCGCUUCUGACUUUUAUAAGCGCGUCAUUCUCGAUCGAGAGAUCGACGCGUUGAUGUACUACUCGUAUCCCGUGAGGGCACCCGAAUUCCACGCCGCGUACAGUAAAACGCACGCUCUGUUAGCCGAGCUCUUGGAGGACUCGGAAAAGUUGCUCAUCGGCGAAUUGAACGUCGAGAAGAAUGAAGUACCGUCGCCGUACGCCGACAUGGCGACGACGCCCGCGAUCCUCAUGUACAAGGCGAACAAAAAGGAAAAUCCCAGAUGGAUUCCCUUACGUACGCAGCCCGGAGAGGACAUGACAGGCGAAUCGGCGCCGACGCUCGCGGACGUUUUGACGAUGUUGAGCAAGCACGCGGUCAGCUCCAAGACCAAACUCGAGGCGGACAGGGCCUUGGUGGAGGCAAGCGCGGAACAGCUCCACGACCAUCGCGGGAGGAAAACGGACGAACUUUAA